AUGGGCCCUCAACAGCAGAAGAAGCUCAAAAUCGCCGUCAUCCCCGGCGAUGGCAUCGGCACCGAAGUCAUGCCUUACGGCGUGCGCUGCCUGCAAGCGGCGGCCAAGGUCUUCGACAUCCAGCUAGAGUUCGAGGAGUUCGACUUUGCAAGCUGCGAAUACUACCGAAAACACGGCGACAUGAUGCCUCCCGACUGGAAUGCUACGCUUUCAAAAUUCGACGCCAUCUACUUCGGCGCCGUGGGCAUGCCGGAUCAAGUCCCCGACCAUAUCAGCCUGUGGGGCAGUUUGUUGAAGUUCAGAAGGGAGUUCGACCAGUACAUCAACUUGAGGCCCGCGCGGCUGAUGCCUGGGGUGCGGUGUCCGCUCGCGGGCCGCAAGCCGGGGGACAUCGACUUCUGGAUCGUAAGGGAGAACACGGAGGGCGAGUACAGCAGUAUUGGGGGCAAGAUCUUCGAGGGAACAGACCGGGAGACGGUCAUCCAGGAAACCGUCAUGACGAGGACGGGCGUCGACAGAGUGCUCAAAUACGCGUUUGAACUUGCGCAGAGCCGACCGAAGAAGCACCUGACGAGCGCGACGAAGAGCAACGGCAUUAGUAUCACGAUGCCGUACUGGGACACGCGCGUCGAGAACAUGCAAAAGGCGUACGCGGACGUCAAGGUCGACAAGUAUCACAUUGAUAUCUUGACGGCGCAUUUCGUCCAGCGGCCGCAGAUCUUCGACGUCAUCGUCGGCAGCAACCUGUUUGGCGAUAUCCUCUCUGAUCUGGGUCCCGCGUGCACGGGUACCAUUGGCAUCGCGCCCUCGGGGAAUAUCAAUCCCACGGGACAGUUUCCGAGUCUCUUUGAACCCGUCCACGGGAGUGCGCCGGAUAUCGCUGGCAAGGGGAUAGCGAAUCCGGUGGGCAUGAUCUGGGCGGGUCAGAUGAUGCUGGAACACUUUGGAUUCACGGACGCGGCUGCGGCCAUGUUGAAGGCUGUCGAGAAUGUGCUUGCGAGGUCGGAAGAUCAUGUCAUCACGGCGGACAUGGGAGGCAAGGGAAAUACUAAGAGUUUUGGCGAGGCUAUUGAACAGGAGAUUCUGGCGGUGGGGAAAUAG